AUGGCGGACGAGGAGGAAUACGAGGAGGUAAUAGAGUACUACACGGAGGAGACAGUUUACGAGGAGGUGCCAGGAGAGACAAUCACAGAAGUCUAUGAAACUACAACGACCAGAACAUCGGACUAUGGUCAAUCGGAGCCUUCCACCCCAGCGCUGGUGCAGCCGCAACCGGCCAAACCGAUGGAGCGGAAGAAGGUCAUCCGAAAGAAGGUGGACUCUUCCAAGUUCAUGACCCCCUACAUUGAACACAGUCAGAAAAUGCAGGAUCUUUUCAGCUCAAAUAAAUACAAAGAGAACUAUGAGAAAGCAAAGGGACAGCCAUAUGCUAUCACAAGUGAUACUCCAGAACUUCGCAGAAUCAAGAAAGUACAGGAUCAACUCAGUGAGGUCAAGUAUCGAAUGGAUGGAGAUGUUGCAAAAACUAUCUGUCACGUGGACGAAAAAGCAAAAGACAUUGAACAUGCAAAGAAAGUGUCGCAGCAAGUCAGCAAGGUUUUAUACAAGCAGAACUGGGAAGACACCAAGGAUAAGUACCUGCUUCCCCCUGAUGCCCCUGAACUUGUCCAAGCCAUUAAGAACACAGCCAUGUUCAGUAAGAAACUGUACACUGAAGACUGGGAAGCAGACAAAGGGUUGUUUUAUCCCUAUAAUGACAGUCCGGAACUGAGGAGGGUCGCCCAGGCCCAGAAGGCGCUCAGUGACAUCGCCUAUAAAAAAGGACUCACUGAACAGCAAACUCAGUUCACGUCCCUGCCUGAUCCUCCUGAUGUAGAAUUUGCCAAGAAAGUAACCAACCAAGUAAGCAAGCAAAAAUAUAAAGAAGACUAUGAAAAGAAAGUCAAAGGCAAAUGGAGUGAGACGCCCUGCUUUGAAAUUGCAACAGCCAGAAUGAACGCCGACAAUCUCAGCUCAAGGAAGUAUCAGGAAGACUUCGAGAACUUGAAAGACCAGAUCUACUUCAUGCAGACGGAAACGCCUGAGUACAAAAUGAACAAACAGGCUGGAAUUGCAGCCAGCAAGGUGAAAUACAAAGAAGACUAUGAGAAGAAUAAAGGAAAAGCAGAUUAUAACGUACUUCCUGCAUCAGAGAACCCACUGCUCAGGCAGCUGAAGGCAGCAGGAAACGUCCUCAGUGACAAACUGUACAAGGAAAAUUAUGAAAAGACAAAGGCCAAGAGCAUCAACUACUGUGAGACCCCCAAGUUUCAGCUUGACACAGUACUGCAGAACUUCAGCAGUGAUACUAAGUACAGAGAUUCCUACCUAAAAAAUAUUUUGGGACACUAUGUAGGCAGCUUCGAGGACCCGUAUCACACACACUGUAUGAAGGUGUCAGCCCAAAAUAGUGACAAAAAUUACAGAGCGGAAUAUGAAGAGGACAGAGGCAAAGGCUUCUUCCCCCAGACCAUCACCCAGGAAUAUGAGGCAAUCAAGAAAUUGGACCAGUGUAAAGAUCACACCUACAAAGCCCACCCAGAUAAGACCAAGUUCACUCAAGUUACGGACUCUCCCGUUCUGUUGCAAGCCCAGGUCAAUUCCAAACAGCUGAGUGAUCUGAAUUACAAAGCCAAACACGAAAGUGAAAAAUUCAAGUGUCAUAUACCUCCGGAUGCUCCUGCCUUUAUCCAGCACAGAGUCAAUGCCUAUAACCUGAGUGACAAUGUCUACAAGCAAGACUGGGAGAAGAGCAAAGCUAAGAAGUUUGACAUCAAGGUGGAUGCCAUCCCCCUGCUGGCAGCCAAGGCCAACAGCAAGAAUGCCAGCGAUGUGAUGUACAGGAAGGACUAUGAGAAGAGCAAAGGCAAGAUGAUCGGCGCCCUCAGCAUCAACGAUGACCCCAAGAUGCUGCACUCCCUGAAGACGGCCAAAAACCAGAGCGACAGGCUAUACAGGGAAAACUAUGAGAAGACCAAGGCCAAGAGUAUGAAUUAUUGUGAGACCCCUAAGUAUCAACUCGACACCCUUCUGAAGAACUUCAGUGAGGCGAAAUAUAAAGAUUCAUACGUAAAGAAUAUUUUGGGCCACUAUGUAGGCAGCUUUGAGGACCCGUACCAGACGCACUGCAUGAAAGUUACAGCUCAAAACAGUGACAAGAGCUACAAAGCAGAAUAUGAAGAAGACAAAGGGAAAUGCUAUUUCCCUCAGACAAUAACUCAGGAAUACGAAGCUAUCAAGAAGUUGGACCAGUGUAAAGACCACACCUACAAAGUGCAUCCUGAUAAGACUAAAUUCACAGCAGUCACCGACACGCCUGUGCUGCUGCAAGCCCAGCUCAACACCAAACAGCUCAGUGAUCUGAAUUACAAAGCAAAGCAUGAAGGUGAGAAAUUCAAGUGCCACGUGCCGGCAGACGCACCGGAGUUCAUCCAGCACAGAGUCAACGCUUACAACCUGAGCGAUCUCAGCAUCAACGAUGACCCCAAGAUGCUGCACUCCCUGAAGACGGCCAAAAACCAGAGCGACCGUGAAUACCGUAAAGACUACGAGAAGUCGAAAACGAUCUACACUGCCCCUCUUGAUAUGCUCCAAGUCACCCAAGCUAAGAAAUCUCAGGAGAUUGCCAGUGACGUGGACUACAAGCACGUCUUACAUAACUACAGCUACCCACCAGACAGUGUCAGCGUGGACCUCGCCAAGAAGGCGUACGCACUGCAGAGUGAUGUGGAGUACAAGGCGGACUACAACAGCUGGAUGAAGGGCUGUGGCUGGGUGCCCUUCGGGUCCCUGGAGAUGGAAAAGGCAAAGCGAGCCUCGGACAUUCUGAACGAGAAAAAAUACCGCCAGCAUCCAGAUACGCUCAAAUUCACCUCGAUUGAAGAUGCUCCUAUUACAGUGCAGUCUAAAAUUAACCAGGCCCAGAGGAGCGACAUCGCUUACAAAGCCAAAGGGGAGGAGAUACUGCAUAAGUACAACCUGCCCGCGGACCUGCCACAGUUCAUCCAGGCUAAAGUGAACGCCUACAACGUCAGUGAGAGCAUGUACAAAGCCGACCUGAAAGACUUAAGCAAGAAAGGAUAUGACCUGAGAAUCGACGCGAUUCCCAUCAAAGCUGCCAAAGCUGCCCGGCAGGCUGCGAGCGAUGUCCAUUACAAAAAAGAUUACGAGAAGGCUAAAGGGAAAAUGGUUGGAUUCCAAAGUCUCCAAGAUGAUCCCAAACUGGUCCAUUACAUGAACGUGGCCAAGAUACAGUCAGACCGGGAGUAUAAAAAAGACUACGAAAAGACAAAGACCAAGUACAACACCCCUCACGAUAUGUUCGAUGUUGUGGCGGCUAAGAAGGCACAGGAUGUAAUCAGCAAUACGAACUACAAGCAUUCUCUCCACCACUACACCUACCUGCCGGAUGCCAUGGACCUGGAGCUGUCCAAGAACAUGAUGCAUAUCCAGAGUGACAAUGCGUACAAGGAAGACUAUAAUACCUGGAUGAAGGGCAUUGGCUGGAUACCGAUUGGAAGUCUCGACCAGGAAAAGGUGAAAAAGGCAGGUGAUGCCCUGAGUGAGAAGAAAUACAGGCAGCAUCCAGACACGCUCAAGUUCACCAGCAUCGUGGACUCCCCAGUGAUGGUACAAGCCAAGCAGAACACGCAGCAAGUCAGUGAUAUCUUAUACAAAGCUAAAGGAGAAGACGUGAAGCAUAAGUACACUCUGAAUCCCGACCUCCCACAGUUCCUCCAGGCCAAGUGCAAUGCUUACAACAUAAGUGAUGUCUGUUACAAACGGGACUGGCAUGAUUUAAUAGCUAAAGGCAACAACGUCCUGGCUGAUGCCAUUCCCAUCACAGCGGCCAAGUCCUCGAGAAACAUCGCCAGUGACUAUAAAUACAAGGAAGCUUAUGAGAAGUCAAAGGGCAAGCAUGUUGGUUUCAGAAGCCUGCAGGAUGACCCCAAGUUGGUCCAUUAUAUGAACGUGGCAAAGUUGCAAUCAGACCGAGAAUACAAGAAAAACUACGAGAACACCAAAACCAGUUACCAUACCCCUGGGGAUAUGGUCAGCAUCACUGCCGCAAAGAUGGCCCAGGACGUGGCCACCAAUGUCAACUACAAACAACCUCUGCACCACUACACAUACCUGCCCGAUGCCCUGAGUCUCGAGCACACGAGGAACGCUAACCAAAUCCAGAGCGAUAAUGUGUACAAAGAUGAGUAUAACAACUUCUUCAAGGGCAUUGGGUGGAUCCCCAUCGGCUCCCUGGAGGUGGAGAAGGCCAAGAAGGCAGGCGAGGCAUUAAAUGAGAGGAAGUACCGACAACACCCGGACACCAUCAAGUUCACGAGCGUGCCUGACUCCAUGGGCAUGGUGUUGGCUCAGCAGAACACCAAGCAGCUAAGUGAUCUGAACUACAAGGUGGAGGGCGAGAAACUGAAGCAUAAGUACACGAUGGACCCUGAGUUGCCUCAGUUUAUUCAAGCCAAGGUCAAUGCCAUCAAUAUGAGUGACGCUCACUACAAAGCAGACUGGAAGAAAACCCUCGCCAAGGGUUACGACUUGAGACCAGAUGCCAUUCCCAUUGUUGCCGCCAAAAGUUCAAGGAACAUUGCUAGUGACUGCAAAUACAAGGAGGCCUAUGAGAAAUCCAGAGGCAAGCAAAUCGGCUUUCUCAGUCUUCAGGAUGACCCUAAACUGGUUCACUACAUGAAUGUGGCCAAAAUACAAUCAGAUCGCGAGUAUAAGAAGGGCUACGAGGCCAGCAAGACCCGGUACCACACACCUCUGGAUAUGUUCAGUGUGACCGCAGCCAAGAAGUCUCAGGAAGUUGCGACCAACGCCAACUACAGACAACCCUACCACAACUACACCCUCCUGCCCGACGCCUUGAAUGUGGAGCACUCCAGGAAUGCCAUGCAAAUUCAGAGUGACAAUCUGUACAAAUCUGACUUCACCAACUGGAUGAAAGGUAUCGGCUGGGUCCCGAUAGACUCCUUGGAGGUGGAGAAGGCAAAGAAGGCUGGAGAGAUUCUGAGCGAGAGGAAGUAUCGCCAGCACCCCGAGAAGCUGAAGUUCACCUACGCCAUGGACACCAUGGAGCAGGCACUUAACAAAAGCAACAAGUUGACUAUGGAUAAGAGGCUGUACACGGAAAAGUGGAACAAAGACAAGACCACCAUUCACGUCAUGCCUGAUACUCCAGACAUCUUGCUCUCCAGAGUGAACCAGAUCACCAUGAGUGAUAAACUCUACAAAGCUGGCUGGGAAGAAGAGAAGAAGAAAGGCUACGACCUGAAGCCUGACGCCAUCUCAAUAAAGGCUGCGAAGGCCUCUAGAGACAUUGCCAGUGAUUACAAGUACAAGCAGGCUUACGAGCAAGCCAAAGGGAAGCACAUUGGCUUCCGCAGCCUGGAAGACGACCCCAAGUUGGUGCACUUCAUGCAAGUGGCCAAGAUGCAGUCAGACCGGGAGUACAAGAAGGGCUACGAGAAAUCCAAGACAUCCUUCCACACCCCGGUGGACAUGUUCAGCGUGGUGGCAGCCAAGAAGUCCCAGGAAAUAGCCACCAACGCCAACUACAGGAAUAUAAUCCACACCUACAACAUGCUUCCGGAUGCCAUGGGCUUUGAGUUGGCCAAGAAUAUGAUGCAGAUUCAAAGCGAUAAUCAGUACAAGGCAGACUAUGCUGACUUCAUGAAGGGCAUUGGAUGGCUCCCGUUGGGCUCCCUGGAAGCAGAGAAAAACAAGAAAGCCAUGGAGAUUAUCAGCGAAAAGAAGUACCGGCAACACCCAGACACUCUGAAGUACUCCACGUUGAUGGACUCGAUGAACAUGGUUUUGGCUCAGAACAACGCAAAAAUCAUGAAUGACCAUCUCUAUAGACAAGCAUGGGAAGCUGACAAGACUAAAGUCCACAUCAUGCCUGAUAUCCCCGAGAUUGUUUUGGCAAAAGCAAAUGCAAUUAACAUGAGCAAUAAACUCUACAAACUGUCUCUGGAAGAAUCUAAAAAGAAAGGCUACGACCUCAGAACGGACGCGAUUCCUAUCAAAGCCGCCAAAGCAUCAAGAGAUAUUGCAAGCGACUAUAAAUACAAGCACAACUAUGAAAAGGAGAAAGGAAAGAUGGUUGGCUUCCGCAGUCUGGAGGAUGAUCCCAAAUUAGUCCAUUCCAUGCAAGUGGCUAAGAUGCAGUCUGAUCGAGAGUACAAGAAGAACUACGAGAAGACGAAGACGAGCUACCACACCCCUGCCGACAUGCUGAGCGUGACAGCUGCCAAGGACGCCCAAGCCAACAUCACCAACACUAACUACAAGCACCUCAUUCACAAGUACAUCCUCCUCCCAGAUGCGAUGAACAUCGAGCUGACCAGGAACAUGAAUCACAUCCAGAGUGACAACGAAUAUAAGCAAGAUUACAAUGAGUGGUACAAGGGGCUUGGCUGGAGCCCAGCUGGUUCUCUAGAGGUGGAGAAGGCCAAGAAAGCCACUGAAUACGCCAGUGACCGGAAGUACCGCCAGCAUCCCAGCAGCUUCCAGUUUAAAAAACUGACCGACUCCAUGGACAUGGUGCUGGCCAAGCAGAAUGCUCACACCAUGAAUAAGCAUUUAUACACCGUUGACUGGAAUAAAGAUAAAACCAAGAUUCAUGUGAUGCCUGAUACACCAGAUAUUUUGCAAGCCAAGCAGAAUCAGACACUGUACAGCCAGAAAUUCUAUAGACUUGGUUGGGAAGAGGCUCUGAAGAAAGGCUAUGAUCUCCCUGUUGAUGCAAUCUCUGUCCAGCUGGCCAAGACAUCAAGGGACAUCGCUAGCGACUUUAAAUAUAAACAAGGCUACCGGAAACAACUGGGUCACCAUAUUGGAUUCCUGAGUGUGCAAGAUGACCCAAAGCUUGUGCUAUCUAUGAAUGUAGCCAAAAUGCAGAGUGAACGAGAAUACAAGAAAGACUUUGAGAAGUGGAAAACCAAAUACACCAGCCCUGUGGACAUGCUGGGUGUGGUGCUGGCCAAGAAGUGCCAGGCCUUGGUGAGUGAUGUGGACUAUAAGAACUACCUACACCAGUGGACGUGCCUGCCCGACCAGAAUGAUGUCAUCCAAGCUAAAAAAGUCUAUGAGCUGCAAAGUGAGAAUAUGUACAAGUCUGACCUUGAGUGGCUGAGAGGCAUAGGAUGGAGCCCCUUGGGUUCUCUGGAAGCAGAAAAGAACAAGCGGGCUUCGGAAAUCAUCAGUGAGAAGAAGUAUCGCCAACCUCCGGACAGAAAUAAGUUCACCAGCAUCCCUGACGCCAUGGACAUAGUUCUGGCGAAGACAAACGCCAAGAACAGGAGCGAUAGACUUUAUAGAGAAGCCUGGGACAAGGACAAGACACAGAUCCACAUCAUGCCGGACACUCCCGACAUCGUUCUGGCUAAGGCGAACUUGAUCAACACAAGUGAUAAAAUCUACAGAAUGGGUUAUGAGGAACUGAAGAGAAAGGGUUAUGACCUUCCUGUUGAUGCCAUUCCAAUCAAAGCAGCAAAAGCAUCCCGGGAAAUUGCCAGUGAAUACAAGUACAAAGAAGGCUUCCGGAAACAACUUGGCCACCACAUUGGGGCUCGGAACAUCAAGGAUGACCCCAAGAUGAUGUGGUCCAUGCAUGUGGCUAAGAUCCAGAGUGACCGGGAGUACAAGAAGGACUUUGAGAAGUGGAAGACCAAGUUCAGCAGCCCGGUGGACAUGCUGGGCGUGGUACUGGCCAAGAAGUGCCAGACCCUGGUCAGCGAUGCAGACUACAGGAACUACCUGCACCAGUGGACAUGUCUGCCUGACCAGAAUGACGUCAUCCAUGCUCGGCAGGCCUAUGACCUCCAGAGCGAUAAUUUGUACAAGGCUGAUCUCCAGUGGCUGAAAGGCAUUGGCUGGAUACCUUCUGGUUCCCUCGAGGAUGAGAAAAACAAACGAGCCACCCAGAUUCUGAGUGACCAUGUUUACCGGCAGCACCCAGAUAAAUUCAAGUUUUCCAGCCUUAUGGACGCCAUGCCAAUGGUCUUAGCAAAAAAUAAUGCUAUAACCAUGAACCACCACCUCUAUACCGAAGCUUGGAAUAAGGAUAAAACCACCAUCCACAUUAUGCCAGAUACCCCUGAAGUUAUGCUGGCUAAGCAAAACAAAGUAAAUUAUAGCGAGAAAUUAUAUAAACUUGGCCUAGAAGAAGCCAAGAGGAAAGGCUAUGACAUGCGGCUUGAUGCCAUCCCUAUCAAGACAGCCAAGGCCUCUAGAGACAUCGCGAGUGACUUCAAGUACAAGGAAGGCUACCGCAAGCAGCUGGGCCACCACAUUGGAGCUCGAAACAUCGAAGAUGACCCCAAGAUGGUGUGGUCCAUGCACGUGGCCAAGAUCCAGAGUGACCGGGAGUACAAGAAGGACUUUGAGAAGUGGAAGACCAAGUACAGCAGCCCGGUGGACAUGCUGGGCGUGGUGCUGGCCAAGAAGUGCCAGACCCUGGUCAGCGACGUGGACUAUAAGAACUACCUGCACCAGUGGACAUGUCUGCCUGACCAGAAUGACGUCAUCCAUGCUCGGCAGGCCUAUGACCUCCAGAGCGAUAAUAUGUACAAGUCCGAUCUCCAAUGGAUGCGAGGCAUUGGCUGGGUGCCCAUAGGCUCUCUGGAUGUAGAGAAAUGCAAACGGGCCACGGAAAUCUUGAGUGACAAAAUCUACCGGCAGCCCCCAGACAAGUUCAAGUUCACCAGUGUGACUGAUUCUCUGGAGCAGGUGUUGGCCAAGAGCAACGCCCUCAACAUGAACAAGCGUUUGUACACAGAAGCCUGGAACAAAGACAAGACGCAGAUCCACAUCAUGCCGGACACGCCAGAAAUCAUGCUGGCAAGAAUGAAUAAAGUCAACUAUAGUGAGAGUCUGUAUAAACUUGCCAAUGAAGAAGCAAAGAAGAAAGGCUAUGAUUUACGAAGUGACGCCAUCCCGAUUGUGGCAGCCAAGGCCUCCAGAGACAUCGCCAGUGAUUACAAAUACAAAGAUGGCUACCGUAAGCAGCUGGGCCACCACAUUGGAGCUCGAAACAUCGAAGAUGACCCCAAGAUGGUGUGGUCCAUGCACGUGGCCAAGAUCCAGAGUGACCGGGAGUACAAGAAGGACUUUGAGAAGUGGAAGACCAAGUUCAGCAGCCCGGUGGACAUGCUGGGCGUGGUGCUGGCCAAGAAGUGCCAGACCCUGGUCAGCGACGUGGACUACAAGAACUACCUGCACCAGUGGACAUGUCUGCCUGACCAGAAUGACGUCAUCCAUGCUCGGCAGGCCUAUGACCUCCAGAGCGAUAAUGUGUACAAGUCAGAUCUCCAGUGGCUGAGAGGCAUUGGCUGGGUACCCAUCGGGUCUCUGGAUGUGGUCAAGUGCAAGAGAGCCGCGGAGAUCCUGAGUGACAACAUCUACCGCCAACCUCCAGACAAGUUCAAGUUCACUAGUGUGACGGAUUCUCUGGAGCAGGUGCUGGCCAAGAACAACGCCCUCAACAUGAACAAGCGAUUAUACACAGAGGCCUGGGACAAAGACAAGAUUCAAAUUCACGUAAUGCCUGAUACACCGGAGAUCAUGCUGGCGAGGCAGAACAGAAUCAACUACAGUGAGAGUCUGUAUAAACUUGCCAAUGAAGAAGCAAAGAAGAAAGGCUAUGACCUGCGCGUUGAUGCCAUCCCCAUUGUGGCAGCCAAGGCCUCCAGAGAUAUCGCCAGUGACUACAAAUACAAAGAUGGCUACCGUAAGCAGCUGGGCCACCAUAUUGGGGCUAGAAACAUCGAAGAUGACCCCAAGAUGAUGUGGUCCAUGCACGUGGCUAAGAUCCAGAGUGACCGGGAGUACAAGAAGGACUUUGAGAAGUGGAAGACCAAGUUCAGCAGCCCGGUGGACAUGCUGGGCGUGGUGCUGGCCAAGAAGUGCCAGACCCUGGUCAGCGACGUAGACUACAAGAACUACCUGCACCAGUGGACAUGUCUGCCUGACCAGAAUGACGUCAUCCAUGCUCGGCAGGCCUAUGACCUCCAGAGCGAUAAUGUGUACAAGUCAGAUCUCCAGUGGCUGAGAGGCAUCGGCUGGGUCCCCAUCGGAUCUCUGGAUGUGGUCAAGUGCAAGAGGGCCGCGGAGAUCCUGAGUGACAACAUCUACCGCCAGCCUCCAGACAAGUUCAAGUUCACCAGUGUGACAGAUUCUCUGGAGCAGGUGCUGGCGAAGAGCAAUGCCCUCAACAUGAACAAGCGCUUGUACACAGAAGCCUGGGAGAAAGACAAGACCCAAAUCCACAUAAUGCCCGAUACACCCGAAAUUAUGUUGGCCAGACAAAACAAAAUAAAUUACAGUGAGAGCCUCUAUCGCCAGGCCAUGGAAGAAGCUAAGAAGGAAGGCUACGACUUGAGAAGCGAUGCUAUUCCCAUCGUGGCCGCCAAGGCUUCCCGGGACAUCGCUAGUGAUUACAAAUAUAAAGAAGCCUACCGGAAGCAGUUGGGUCACCACAUUGGCGCCCGAGCCAUACACGAUGAUCCCAAGAUGAUGUGGUCCCUCCACAUUGCCAAAGUGCAGAGUGACCGUGAAUAUAAAAAAGAGUUUGAGAAAUACAAGACACGAUACAGCAGCCCAGUGGACAUGCUCGGGAUUGUGUUAGCCAAGAAGUGUCAGACCUUAGUCAGUGAUGUGGACUACAAACACCUCCUGCAUGAAUGGACGUGCCUGCCCGACCAGAAUGAUGUCAUACAGGCACGGAAAGCAUACGACCUCCAGAGUGAUAAUCUGUACAAGGCAGACCUUGAGUGGAUGAAAGGCAUUGGCUGGGUUCCCAUUGGUUCCCUGGAAGUUGUUAAAGCCAAGAGGGCCACAGAGAUACUAAGCGAUAAUAUCUACCGCCAGCGUCCAGACACAUUGAAAUUUACCAGUAUCACCGACUCGCUGGAGCAGGUGCUGGCGAAGAACAACGCAAUAAACAUGAACAAGCGCUUGUACACAGAAGCCUGGGACAACGACAAGAAAACCAUCCACGUCAUGCCCGACACGCCUGAGAUCAUGCUGGCCAAACUCAACAGGAUAAACUACAGCGACAAACUCUACAAAGUGUCGCUGGAAGAGGCCAAGAAGCAAGGCUACGACUUACGCCUAGAUGCCAUUCCUAUCCGAGCAGCCAAGGCAUCGAGAGAGAUUGCUAGUGAUUACAAGUAUAAGGAAGGCUACCGCAAGCAGCUGGGCCACCACAUUGGGGCACGGAACAUCGAAGAUGACCCCAAGAUGAUGUGGUCCAUGCACGUGGCCAAGAUCCAGAGUGACCGGGAGUACAAGAAGGACUUUGAGAAGUGGAAGACCAAGUACAGCAGCCCGGUGGACAUGCUGGGCGUGGUGCUGGCCAAGAAGUGCCAGAUCUUGGUCAGUGACAUAGACUACAAGCAUCCUCUGCAUGAAUGGACCUGCCUGCCUGAUCAGAAUGACGUCAUUCAGGCGCGGAAGGCCUAUGACCUCCAGAGCGAUGCUGUCUACAAAGCUGAUCUUGAGUGGCUGAGAGGCAUCGGAUGGGUUCCCAUUGGCUCCGUCGAGGUUGAGAAGGUGAAGAGAGCCGGCGAAAUCUUGAGUGACAGGAAGUACCGCCAGCCUGCCGACCAGCUCAAGUUCACUUGUAUCACCGACACCCCGGAAAUUGUCCUGGCGAAAAAUAAUGCCAUCACAAUGAGCAAGCAUUUAUACACAGAAGCUUGGGAUGCCGACAAAGCCUCCAUCCAUGUCAUGCCAGACACCCCUGAAAUCCUGCUGGCCAAAAGCAAUUCUGCCAAUAUCAGUCAGAAACUGUACACCAAAGGCUGGGAUGAAUCGAAGAUGAAGGACUAUGACCUGAGAGAGGAUGCCAUUUCCAUCAAGAGUGCCAAGGCCUCCAGGGAUAUUGCCAGCGACUACAAAUACAAGGAAGCCUAUGAAAAACAGAAAGGCCACCACAUCGGAGCCCAGAGCGUGGAAGACGAUCCCAGGAUCAUGUGUGCCAUGCACGCAGGGAAGAUUCACAGUGACCGGGAGUACAAGAAGGAAUUCCAGAAGUGGAAGACCAAGUUCAGCAGCCCGGUGGACAUGCUGGGCUUGGUGCUGGCCAAGAAAUGCCAGACCCUGGUCAGCGACGUAGAUUACAAGAACUACCUGCACAACUGGACUUGCCUGCCUGAUCAGAACGACAUUAUUCAAGCCAAGAAGGCCUAUGAGCUGCAGAGUGAUAGUGUGUAUAAAGCAGAUCUGGAGUGGCUGCGUGGGAUUGGCUGGAUACCAGAGGGCUCCGUAGAAAUGACCAGAGUGAAGGGCGCUCAGGACCUCGUGAAUGAAAGACUGUACAGGACACGACCAGAGGCCCUGAAGUUCACCUCCAUCGUGGACACUCCCGAAGUGGUCCUGGCAAAAGCCAAUUCUCUGCAGAUGAGUGAGAGGCUGUAUCAGGAAGCCUGGAAUAAAGACAAAACCAACAUCAGCAUUCCCCUGGACACUCCAGCCAUGCUGCAGGCUCAGAUCAAUGCCUUGCAGAUUAGCAAUAAACUCUACCAAAAAGACUGGGAUGAAGCCAAGCAGAAAGGCUAUGACUUACGAGCAGAUGCCAUUGAAAUCAAGCAUGCCAAAGCCUCCAGAGAAAUCGCCAGCGAGUACAAAUACAAAGAAGGUUACAGAAAGCAACUGGGCCACCAUGUGGGUUUCCGCAGCCUGCAAGAUGACCCCAAGUUGGUAUGGUCUAUACAUGCUGCCAAGAUCCAGAGUGACAGGGAAUACAAGAAAGCCUAUGAGAAGUCUAAAGGGAUUUACAACACACCCUUGGACAUGAUGUCAAUUGUUCAAGCCAAGAAAUGCCAAGUCCUGGUCAGCGACGUUGAUUACCGUAAUUACCUGCACCAGUGGACAUGCCUGCCGGAUCAGAACGACGUGAUCCAGGCUAAGAAAGCCUACGAGCUACAGAGUGAUGCCAUCUACAAGGCUGACUUGGAAUGGCUGCGCGGCAUUGGCUGGAUGCCAGAAGGGUCUCCUGAAGUACUGAGAGUCAAAAAUGCCCAGGAGAUCCUGUGUGACAGCGUCUACCGGACCCCCGUGGUGAAGCUCAAGUAUACAAGCAUUGUGGAUACACCGGAAGUCGUCCUUGCUAAGUCAAACGCCGAGAAUAUCAGUAUUCCAAAAUACAGAGAAGUUUGGGACAAAGAUAAAACUUCCAUCCAUAUAAUGCCAGACACACCUGAAAUCAACCUCGCUCGAGCAAACGCUCUUAAUGUGAGCAAUAAACUCUACCGUGAGGGGUGGGAUGAGGUCAAGAUGAGCUGUGAUGUCCGGCUGGACGCCAUCCCUAUCCAGUCUGCCAAGGCCUCCAGGGAGAUUGCCAGUGAUUAUAAAUACAAGCUGGACCACGAGAAGCAGAAGGGACACUAUGUGGGCACCCUCACUGCCAGGGAUGACAACAAGAUCCGGUGGGCCCUCAUAGCUGGCAAGAUUCAGAAUGAGCGGGAGUACAGGCUGCAGUGGGCCAAGUGGAAGACCAAGUUCCAGAGCCCUGUGGACAUGCUUUCCAUCCUGCAUUCUAAAAAAUGCCAGACCCUGGUCAGCGACAUUGAUUACCGCAAUUACCUGCACGAGUGGACGUGCAUGCCUGACCAGAACGAUGUGAUUCAGGCCAAGAAAGCCUACGAGCUACAGAGCGACGCUGUUUACAAGGCUGACUUGGAGUGGUUACGUGGAAUUGGGUGGAUGCCAAAUGAUUCUGUCUCUGUCAACCAUGCCAAACAUGCUGCAGACAUUUUCAGUGAGAAAAAAUAUCGCACCAAAAUAGAAAGUCUCAACUUUACUCCCGUGGAUGACAGAGUGGAUUAUGUGACAGCAAAACAGAGCACUGAGAUCCGAGAUGACAUUAAAUACCGGAAAGACUGGAAUGCCAUCAAAUCAAAGUAUACCCUUACAGAAACGCCGCUGCUGCACACUGCCCAAGAGGCUGCCCGCAUCCUGGACCAGCACCUCUACAAGGAAGGCUGGGAGAAACAGAAAGCCACGGGCUACAUUCUGCCACCAGAUGCUGUGCCGUUUGUCCAUGCCCAUCAUUCCGGCGAUGUUCAGAGUGAGCUGAAAUACAAAGCGGAACACGUGAAGCAGAAAGGUCACUAUGUCGGUGUCCCCACAAUGAGAGACGAUCCCAAGCUGGUUUGGUUUGAGCACGCGGGCCAGAUUCAGAAUGACAGGCUCUACAAGGAGGACUACCAUAAGACAAAGGCCAAAAUCAAUAUACCUGCCGACAUGGUGUCGGUGGUGGCUGCCAAGGAGGGGCAGAACCUUGUCAGUGACAUUGAUUACCGCCAUUACCUGCGCCAAUGGACGUGCCAUCCUGACCAAAACGAUGUUAUUCAAGCAAAAAUCGCCUACGACCUUCAGAGUGACAAUGUCUACAAAGCUGACCUGGAAUGGCUCCGAGGUAUUGGCUGGAUCCCUCUGGAUUCUGUGGACCAUGUGAGGGUUACACGGAACCAGGAAAUGGUGAAUCAGAUAAAAUAUAAGAAAGCCGCUCUUGACAACUAUCCCAACUUUACCAGUGUAGUGGACCCUCCAGAGAUUGUUUUAGCCAAGAUUAACUCGGUCAAUCAAAGUGAUGUGAAAUAUAAGGAAACAUUUAAUAAGGCAAAGGGCAAGUACAUAUUUUCUCCAGACACACCACACAUCACCCACUCCAAAGACAUGGGGAAACUCUACAGCACUAUACUAUACAAAGGAGCAUGGGAGGGAACCAAGGCCUACGGCUACACCCUGGAUGAGAAGUACAUUCCCAUCGUUGGAGCCAAGCAUGCCGACCUGGUGAACAGUGAGCUGAAAUACAAGGAAACCUAUGAGAAGCAGAAAGGUCACUACCUGGCUGGAAAAGAAAUAAGCGAAUUCCCCGGAGUAGUCCACUGCCUGGAUUUCCAGCAGAUGCGGAGUGCGUUGAACUACAGGAGAGAUUAUGAGGACACAAAAGCAAACGUGCAUAUUCCCAAUGACAUGAUGAACCACGUGCUGGCGAAAAGGUGCCAGUACAUCCUCAGCGACCUGGAGUACCGACACUACUUCCACCAGUGGACGUCACUUCCGGAGGAGCCCAACGUUGUCCGCGCCCGAAACGCCCAGGAGAUUUUGAGUGAUAAUGUAUAUAAAGAUGACUUGAACUGGCUGAAAGGCAUUGGCUGCUAUGUUUGGGACACACCCCAGAUCCUCCAUGCCAAGAAGGCAUAUGACCUCCAGAGUCAGCUACAAUACACAGCAGCAAGCAAAGACAAUCUGCAGAACUAUAACCUGGUCACAGAUACGCCAGUUUACGUGACUGCUCUUCAGAGUGGCAUCAAUGCCAGCGAGGUGAAAUAUAAGGAAAAUUAUCAUCAGAUUAAAGACAAGUAUACCACGGUGCUAGAGACUGCCGAUUACGACAGAACCAAGAACCUGAAAAGUCUUUACAGCAGUAACAUAUACAAGGAGGCCUGGGAUAAGGUGAAAGCCACCAGCUAUAAGCUGCCAACCAGCACCUUGUCCCUGACUCAUGCCAAGAACCAGAAGCACCUGGCCAGUCAUAUCAAAUACCGAGAAGAAUAUGAAAAAUUCAAAGCUCUUUACACAUUGCCAAAAAGCGUUGACGACGACCCAAACACUGCGCGGUGUCUCCGAGUGGGCAAGCUCAACAUCGAUCGCCUGUACAGAUCAGUGUAUGAACAGAACAAGAUGAAAAUCCACACCGUGCCCGACAUGGUGGAGAUGGUGACGGCCAAGGAUUCUCAGAAGAAAGUCAGCGAGGUGGACUACCGCCUGCGCCUCCAUGAAUGGAUCUGCCACCCCGACUUACAAGUCAACAGUCACGUCAGGAAAGUGACUGACCAGAUCAGCGACAUUGUGUACAAGGAUGACCUCACCUGGCUGAAGGGCAUUGGUUGCUACGUCUGGGACACUCCUGAAAUUCUCCAUGCAAAACAUGCUUAUGAUUUACGCAACGACAUCAAGUAUAAAGCUCACGUACAGAAGACACGGAAUGACUACAAGCUGGUAACCGACACGCCGGUCUACGUUCAGGCUGUCAAGAGUGGAAAACAGCUGAGUGAUGCUGUCUACCACUAUGACUACGUGCACAGCAUCAGAGGCAAAGUGGCCCCAACCACUAAAACCGUGGAUCUGGACCGGGCCCUCCAUGCGUACAAGCUCCAGAGUGAGAAUUUGUACAAGAAAGGCCUGCGCUACCUGCCCACUGGAUACAGGCUCCCAGGUGAUACCCCUCACUUCAAUCACGCCAAGGACAUGCGCUACAUGAGUAGCUACUUCAAAUACAAAGAAGCCUAUGAACACAUCAAGGCAUAUGGGUACACACUUGGGCCCAAGGAUGUCCCGUUCGUCCAUGUCCGGAGAGUCAACAACGUUACUAGUGAGAGACUGUAUCGAGAAUUGUAUCAUAAACUAAAAGACAAGAUACACACAACUCCAGACACACCUGAGAUCCGCCAAGUCAAGAAGACACAGGAAGCUGUCAGUGAGUUGAUCUACAAAUCAGACUUCUUCAAGACGCGGGGCCACAUGAUCUCGCUGCCAUACACACCUCAAGUGUUGCACUGUCGCUACGUGGGAGACAUCACCAGUGACAUUAAAUACAAAGAGGACUUGCAGAUCUUGAAGGGACUCGGCUGUUUCCUGUAUGACACUCCCGACAUGGUCCGCUCCCGGCACCUAAGGAAACUCUGGUCAAAUUACCUGUACACUGAUAACGCCAGGAAGAUGAGAGACAAGUACCAAGUGGUGCUUGACACCCCGGAGUACAGAAAAGUGCAGGAACUGAAGACCCAUCUGAGUGAGCUGGUGUACAGAGCUACGGGCAAGAAGCUGAAGUCCGUCUUCACUUCAGUCCCUGAUACGCCUGACCUCCUGAGAGCCAAGCGAGGACAGAAGCUUCAGAGUCAGUAUCUCUAUGUUGAGUUGGCCACUAAAGAGAGACCCCAUCACCAUGCUGGAAACCAGACCACAGCCUUGCAACAUGCCAAAGACGUGAAGGACUUGGUCAGCGAGAACAAGUACAAGAUUCAGUAUGAAAAGAUGAAGGACAAGUAUACACCAGUUGCAGACACGCCAAUCCUCAUCAGAGCCAAGAGGGCCUACUGGAACGCCAGUGAUCUUCGCUACAAAGAGACAUUUCAAAAGACGAAAGGGAAAUAUCACACCGUGAAGGAUGCCCUGGACAUUGUGUACCAUCGCAAAGUCACAGAUGACAUCAGCAAAGUGAAAUACAAGGAGAACUACAUGAGCCAGCUGGGAAUCUGGAGUUCCAUCCCCGACCGCCCCGAACACUUCCACCACCGGGCAGUCACAGAUGCCGUCAGCGAUGUAAAAUACAAAGAAGAUCUGACCUGGCUCAGAGGCAUUGGCUGUUAUGCCCAUGACACCCCUGACCUGACUCUAGCUGAACAGAACAAGACUCUCUACAGCAAGUAUAAGUAUAAAGAAGUAUUUGAAAGGACGAAGUCAAAUUUCAAGUAUGUUGCUGAUUGCCCAAUUAACAGGCAUUUCAAAUACGCAACUCAGUUGAUGAAUGAGAAAAAAUACAGAGCUGACUAUGAACAGCGGAAAGAUAAAUACCACCUGGUAGUCGAUGAGCCUAGACAUCUGCUGGCUAAGACCGUAGGCGACCAGAUCAGCCAGAUCAACUACAAGAGGAAGUACGAGAAGACGAAGGACAAGUUCACCUCAGUUGUGGACACUCCAGAGCACCUGCGCACCACCAAAGUCAACAAGCAAAUCAGCGACAUACUUUAUAAACUGGAAUACAACAAGGCCAGACCCAGAGGCUACACCACCAUCCAUGACACACCCAUGCUGUUGCACGUCCGCAAAGUGAAGGAUGAAGUCAGUGAUCUGAAAUACAAGGAAGUUUACCAAAGAAAUAAAUCUAACUGCACCAUCAAGCCAGAUGCUGUUCAUAUCAAAGCAGCCAAAGAUGCCUACAAAGUCAACACCAAUCUGGACUAUAAGAAGCAAUACGAAGCCAACAAAGCCUACUGGAAGUGGACACCUGACCGGCCUGACUUCAUCCAGGCUGCCAAGUCAUCGCUACAGCAGAGUGACUAUGAAUAUAAGCUGGACCGGGAGUUUCUCAAGGGCUGCAAGCUGUCUGUCACUGAUGAUAAGGACAUGGUGCUGGCCCUCAGGAACUCCUUAAUAGAAAGUGAUCUGAAAUACAAAGAGAAACAUGUUAAGGAAAGAGGAACGUGUCAUGCUGUACCUGACACCCCACAGAUCCUCCUGGCAAAGACUGUCAGCAAUCUGGUGUCUGAGAACAAGUACAAGGACCAUGUCAAGAAGCACCUGGCCCAGGGUUCAUACACGACACUGCCCGAGACCAGGGACACAGUUCACGUCAAGGCCGUGACCAAGCACGUCAGUGAUACAAAUUACAAAAAGAAGUUUGUCAAAGAGAAAGGGAAGUCCAACUACUCCAUCAUGCAAGAGCCCCCAGAGGUGAAGCACGCCAUGGAAGUGGCCAAGAAGCAGAGUGACGUUGCUUAUAAAAAAGAUGCCAAAGAGAAUCUGCAUUACACCACAGUUGCUGAUCGGCCAGACAUCAAGAAGGCCACUCAGGCAGCCAAGCAAGCCAGUGAGGUGGAGUACAGAGCCAAGCACCGCAAGGAAGGCAGCCAUGGGUUAAGUAUGCUUGGCCGCCCAGACAUUGAGAUGGCCAAGAAGGCAGCCAGGCUGAGCAGCCAGGUUAAAUACCGAGAAAAUUUUGAUAAAGAGAAGGGCAAGACACCAAAAUACAACCCCAAAGACAGCCAGCUCUACAAAACUAUGAAAGAUGCCAACAACCUUGCAAGUGAGGUUAAAUACAAGGCUGACCUGAAGAAACUCCACAAGCCUGUGACUGACAUGAAGGAGUCCCUGAUAAUGAAUCACGUCCUGAACACAAGCCAGCUUGCCAGUUCUUACCAGUACAAGAAGAACUAUGAGAAGAGCAAAGGCCACUACCACACGAUACCAGACAACCUGGAACAGCUGCACCUCAAGGAAGCCACAGAGCUGCAGAGCAUUGUGAAAUACAAAGAAAAAUAUGAAAAAGAACGAGGAAAGCCCAUGCUCGACUUUGAGACUCCAACAUACAUUACUGCCAAAGAGUCUCAGCAGAUGCAGAGUGGGAAAGAAUAUAGGAAAGAAUAUGAAGAGUCCAUUAAAGGCAGAAACCUAACGGGCCUGGAGGUCACACCAGCUUUGUUACAUGUCAGACAUGCAACCAAAAUAGCAAGCGAGAAAGAGUAUAGGAAAGAUCUGGAAGAAAGCAUUCGUGGGAAAGGUCUCACUGAAAUGGAAGAUACUCCUGACAUGCUGAGAGCGAAGAACGCCACUCAAAUCCUCAAUGAGAAAGAAUAUAAGCGAGACCUGGAGCAGGAAGUGAAAGGAAGAGGCUUGAAUGCCAUGGCCAAUGAGACUCCAGAUUUUCUGCGGGCCAAGAAUGCUACAGACAUCGCCAGCCAGAAAAAGUACAAGGAGGAUGCAGAGAAGUCCAUGUCGUAUUACGAGACUGUCCUGGACACUCCCGAAAUGCAAAGAGUCCGUGAGAACCAGAAGAACUUCAGCCUUCUCCAAUACCAGUGUGACCUUAAAAACAGUAAAGGGAAAGUUACGGUUGUUCAAGACACGCCAGAAAUACUGCGUGUCAAAGAAAACCAAAAGAAUUUCAGCUCGGUUCUCUAUAAAGAGGAUGUCUCCCCGGGAACAGCCAUCGGAAAGACCCCUGAGAUGCUAAGAGUGAAGCAAACGCAGGACCACAUUAGCUCGGUCAAGUAUAAAGAAGCAAUUGGACAAGGAACUCCGAUCCCUGACCUGCCCGAAGUGAAACGUGUCAAGGAGACACAGAAGCACAUUAGCUCGGUUAUGUACAAAGAAAACUUGGGAACAGGCAUUCCAACCACUAUCACCCCAGAGAUUGAGAGAGUCAAGCGCAAUCAAGAGAACUUUAGCUCGGUUUUGUACAAAGAAAGCUUGGGGAAAGGAACCCCUACAGCUAUCACUCCUGAGAUGGAGAGAGUCAAACGCAAUCAAGAGAACUUUAGCUCGGUGCUAUACAAAGAAAACCUGGGGACAGGAACUCCAAUCCCCAUCACUCCCGAGAUGGAGCGAGUCAAACACAAUCAAGAGAACCUUAGCUCGGUUUUGUACAAAGAAAAUGUGGGGAAAGCCACCCCAACCCCUGUCACUCCAGAGAUGCAGAGAGUCAAACGCAAUCAAGAAAACAUUAGCUCGGUGCUAUACAAAGAGAACAUGGGGAAAGCAACCCCCACACCCUUUACCCCCGAGAUGGAGAGAGUCAAACGCAAUCAAGAAAACUUUAGCUCGGUAUUGUACAAAGAGAAUAUGAGAAAAGCAACUCCGACACCUGUCACUCCAGAGAUGGAGAGGGCUAAGCGCAACCAAGAGAACAUUAGCUCGGUCCUUUAUUCUGAUAGCUUCCGGAAACAAAUACAAGGCAAAGCUGCCUACGUGCUAGACACACCAGAGAUGAGACGAGUGAGGGAAACCCAACGGCACAUCUCAACAGUAAAAUAUCAUGAAGACUUUGAGAAACACAAAGGCUGUUUCACGCCAGUGGUGACAGAUCCCAUCACUGAACGAGUGAAGAAAAACACACAGGACUUCAGUGACAUUAACUACCGAGGUAUUCAAAGAAAAGUGGUAGAGAUGGAACAGAAACGGAAUGACCAGGAUCAAGAUACUGUCACAGGUCUGCGUGUCUGGCGUACUAACCCUGGUUCAGUCUUUGACUACGAUCCAGCAGAAGACAACAUCCAAUCCCGGAGUUUACACAUGAUUAACGCCCAAGCUCGCCGGAGCCGGGAGCAGUCGCGGUCCGCCAGCGCAAUGAGCAUCAGUGGGGGUGAGGAGAAGUCUGAGCACUCCGCGGACCAGCGCCUUUCCACCUACAGCGAUGGAGCUGCCUUCUUCUCGGCCACCUCAUCAGCUUACAAACACGUGAAAACCACCGAGCUCCCGCAGCAGCGGUCAUCUUCCGCGGCCACCCAGCAGACCACGCUGUCUUCUAUCCCUUCCCACCCAUCUACUGCUGGAAAAAUCUUCCGUGCCAUGUAUGACUACAUGGCUGCCGAUGCAGAUGAAGUGUCCUUCAAAGAUGGAGAUGCUAUAGUGAAUGCUCAAGCGAUUGAUGAAGGCUGGAUGUAUGGCACUGUGCAGAGGACUGGCAGGACCGGCAUGCUCCCAGCCAACUACGUGGAAGCUAUCUGA